CGCUCAGCUCAGGUUCAUUCGAAUGCCGGCGCCCGAGCCGCCCUGAGCCUCCAGCGCGCGCGACAUGUGGUCCUCCUCGGCCGCCAGCGACCAUGCCUACCCUUCCCUCAGGGCCUACCACUCCUACCCUGGAGGCAGCGAGACGACGUGGUCGCAGCACUCGGCCGGCGGCAAAGGUCGCGGCCACCUGUGGACGGCGCUGCUCGUCUUCAUGGUGUGCAUCGUGACCCUGGCCGUGCUCAGCGUCGUCGCACUCGCGCUCGUUCUCUCAGGCUACAGUGCGGGAAAAGCGACCAGUUCCUCGGACACGCGGCCCUCGGCCUCCUGGGGCGAGGAUGCAGCAGACGAAGCGCCGAUCAAGUACUCUGACUUGCCGCAAAGACAAAUCAUUUUGCAGACUUCCAAGCCACCGGUGCCUCCACCACCCCCUCCGCCCCCAUCGAGCAGCAUGGCGCCGACCCCGAGCACAGCGGCCCCCAGGACGACCAGCCCUCGCCCGAGCAGCCCGCGGACGGCCGCCCCCGCCCCAAAACGGCCGCCGCAGGUGACGCCACCCCCUUACGAGGUGCGCGGCGGCGUCGACUUCGAGUGGACGCCGCUGGCCAGGCCGUCAGGUGGCGUUGUCGGCGCUGCAGUGGGCGUGGCCGAGCCCGCGGUGGGCGUGGCCGAGGUUAGCGGCCUCCCGGAGGCGGCAGAGCUGCCGUCGCGGUCGUACAGCGGCCUCCGGCUGCGUCCGAUGCCCACGCUGUUCCCUGCGGCGUCUCAGGGCACCGACCCUGCGCCGCCGACCUCCUCGACCACGCCCUCCACCCCCGAGGAGCCCGCCGAGGUGGACUCGCCCUUCUUCCAGGCGUCGCUGACCACCCCGCGGCCCCGCAUCAGCGCCACCUACAAGCAGGAGCAGCAGCAGGCCGUCCUCACCAACACGCACGUCAGGGUGCAAGAGACCGACCGCCACCUGAGCCAGGACGACUCGAUCAAGAUGGCCGGCGUCCACUACAACCCUGUCACCAGGGUGGAAGCCCAAGAAGAAGAUGAACAAGUCGAAACUACGAGCGAUGAGGAGGUGCCGAGCAGCACGAUCCCAGUGUUCGUGGUGGAGUCUAACGACGGUGACGAGGCGGUGACCGAGCCUAUUUUCACCAUCGACACGGCCGAAACGACGACCGCCGACACCGAGGCGACCACUCCCGCGGCCCUGGCGGCCGUGGCCAAGGUGAGCAUGCCGCGGCCGGUGGCCGCCGGGCAGCGCACGGCCGAGGUGGACCCCGUGAAAGCGAGUCUGCUGCUCUUCCCGAGCAGGGAGCCCAAGUCGGGGCCGCCGUCCAAGCAGUCCGUCCUGCCCGCCUUCCCCAAGAGCGAGUUCAACAGCGUGCCCGCCUUCCUCCGCAGGAACAACACCCUGAAGGCCACCUCGACCACCACCACUGCGGCACCGGUAACGGUGAUCACGAUGUCCGAGUCGUCGUCCAACUGCAGCUGCGCAAACCGUCUGGAGGCGCAGGGCCUUUCGCGCAAGCUCUGUGACGGCAUUGUUGACUGCUGGGACUUUUCGGACGAAACCUCAUGCGAGUGGUGCGAGGAGGGGCAGUACGUGUGCGCGCGCAGCAGGGCCUGCGUGCCGCGCGAAAAGCUGUGCGACGGCCACAAGGACUGUCCCUUCGGCGACGACGAGCGCACCUGCGUCGCCAUCGUGCCCCACGCCGACUCCGCCAACGCUGUCCACUACUACGACGAAGGCAUUUUAAUGGUGCAGCAGAAGGGUGAGUGGGGUCCAUUGUGCAUGGAGAUGCUGGAGGAGUCGUCGUUGCGGCUCGGCAACGUGGCUAGGGCCGUCUGCAAGUCGCUCACCUACCACGACUUUGACUUGGCCGAGCAGGUCGUCGACCCUGCCAUCAGCGGACCUUUCUUCCAGUUUAACUUCGAGAGGAACGGCAGCAGGGGUGCCACUCCCAGGUUAGCAGUGACGUCAUCCAAGUGCAUGAGCAAGACGGCAAUCCGGCUUGGCUGCAACGAGCUGCAGUGCGGCGAACGUCCUUUAGCUGUCAAUCAAUGGUCCAGGUCUCGUGCUUCCAGGGUGGUGGGCGGGAGCAACGCGGGCCCUGGCGCGUGGCCGUGGCAGGCGGCCAUGUACAAGGAGGGCCAGUUCCAGUGCGGCGCGAGUCUGGUGGGCGCGUCCUGGCUGCUGUCGGCCGGCCACUGCUUCGCGCACAGCCUCGACGCGCACUGGGUGGCGCGGCUGGGCGCCCUGCGCAGGGGCACCGACCUGCCGUCCCCCUUCGAGCAAACGCGUCGCGUCGCCAGGGUCGUCCUGCACCCUGGCUACCUCGACAAGGGCUUCCUCAACGACCUGGCCCUUCUGCGCAUGGAGCGGCCCGUCGAAUUCAGCGACUACGUCCGCCCCAUCUGCCUGCCGCAGGCCAGCCCUGAGCCGGACCCUGAGCCCGCCCAGGACGCCGAGCACUGCCUCGUCGUCGGCUGGGGCCAGCUCUCCGAAGUCGGACGCAUUUUCCCGGACACCCUUCAGGAGGUUUCGCUGCCGGUGAUCUCUGCGGAGGAGUGUCGCCGGCGGACCGUAUUCCUGCCGCUGUACAAGGUCACGGACGACAUGCUGUGCGCGGGGCUGGAGCGCGGAGGCCGCGACGCGUGUCUCGGCGACUCGGGAGGGCCGCUCAUGUGCCGCGACCGCCGCUCGCACGCCUGGCGCCUCACCGGCAUCACCAGCAACGGCUAUGGCUGCGGCAGGGCCAACCGGCCCGGCGUCUACACCAAGGUGGCCAACUACCUCGACUGGAUCAACGCUGUCCUCGAUGCCCCGAUGGACUCGAAGCAGGAGAGGAAGGAGACGGCGUGUCCGAGCGGACAGCGGCGUUGCGCCCUUGGACAGUGCAUGGCGGUGGCGGCGGCGGACCAGUGCGACCGCGACUUCUGCCUGCCGCCCUGAAAAGAACGCAACCUUUGACAGAGACAAAGCAGUGUGUGAUUUUCACCCGAAAAAAGUGCUCACUAGGUGUUAAGGCGAAAAAGACUUAUAUAAAUUGUUUCUCUCUUUUAUUUUAUUUAUUGUGGAGAUGCGUGUUCCAUAAAAAAACACGAUCGAGGCUCAAA